AUUAGUCAUGGCCACUACUUUAGAUCAAAAUGUAGUACCAAAGUUGAAGGGAAAAUUUCAAGCAGAAGUAGUUUGUUUCGUUCUUGGACUCGGAUCCCUUGUUGCAUGGAAUAGUAUGAUGACAAUCGGAGACUACUACUACAAACUGUUUCCUACAUACCAUCCUUCUCGAGUACUCACCAUAAUUUAUCUACCAUUUUCACUUGUGGCAAUGGUAAUACUGACACACAAUGAGUCGAGGAUUAACACUAGGAUGCGAGUCAUAACCGGAUACACUAUUUUCUUCAUCUGCACUUUGUUAGUUCUUGUUUUAGAUCUAGCAAUAUCGGGGAAAGGAGGAAUUGUACAUUAUAUUGGCUUAUGUGCUCUUUCUGCUAGUUUUGGUGUUGCAGAUGCUCUUGUUCAAGGUGGCAUGGUUGGAGACAUGUCCUUUAUGUGUCCUGAGUUCAUUCAGUCCUACUUAGCUGGUUUAGCGGCCUCGGGAGUUCUAACAUCUGGUUUGAGAUUUCUCACCAAAGUGGCAUUUGAGAAAUCGGAUAAUGGACUUCGAAAAGGGGCUUUACUAUUCUUUGCAAUUUCUACCUGCUUUGAGCUAGUGUGCAUUAUUCUCUAUGCAUACUACUUUCCUAAGUUAUCCAUUGUAAAAUAUUAUCGCUCAAAGGCAGCCUCCGAAGGAUCGAAGACCGUUUCAGCUGAUUUAGCAGCUGCUGGAAUUCAAAAUGAGACAAACCAACAAGUCGGAUUUGAUGAUAAACAACACGAACGACUGAGCAAUAGUCAGCUAUUUCUUCAGAACAUCGACUAUGCUGCUGAUUUAUUUCUGAUAUACGUUUUAACUUUGUCGAUUGUCCCUGGAUUCUUGUAUGAAAAUACAGGAUCACAUCAGCUAGGAAAAUGGUACGUGCUGGUUUUGAUCGCAGUGUUCAGCGUCUCAGAUCUAAUAUCAAGAUACAUUCCUCUCGUCGAAUUGCUGAAGUUGGAGUCAAGAAAGUGCUUACUCGCCGCAAUUCUCUCAAGAUUACUACUGAUUCCGGCAUUUUACUUCACAGCAAAAUACGGUGAUCAAGGAUGGAUGAUUGUGCUUGUUUCUUUCUUAGGACUAACCCAUGGAUACCUUACUGUUUGUGUGCUCACAGUUGCACCAAAAGGCUACAAGGGUCCUGAACAGAAUGCACUAGGUAAUUUGCUUGUGCUGAUUCUUAUUGAUGACCUCUCGUCAAAUGUAGCUUUUAGAGUCUUUUUGAUAUUUGGUGUAGUUUUGCUUUAUUUUAUUGUUCAGCUUAGAUAUAUCAUUAGAGUGGAGGAUACACUUAAAGUUGGGAAGGAUUUCAAAUAG